CUUUAGAAAAAAGUUAAAACUGGCAUUUGCUCUGUUCCCUUGCAGGUUGCAGCUGUAUUUAAGAAAACCAUCUCUCCCCUGUUCCCACUCCUCAUAAACCACCUUCCCCGGUAACCACACUUUUUUUUUUUCAUUUUUAUUUACUUAUAAAUAACUCGAGAGCUUUCACUUUAUCGUGAAAUUUCGUUACAUGAAGUGAAAGUGUCACCGAAAUUCUUUCACACGCCAGAUCUAUCAAAUCAUCUUAAGCAAGUACGGUCCUUCAAAAAAGCGCAAAAUUGAGUUAUUUGAAGGCCAGAGCUGGCUGCUCUAGUUUGGCAUGUGGGCACAUCAACGCGAUGCAUUCUCUAUGUACAAGAGGACGCCAUCUAGAGAUCAUUCAGCUGUAAUGGAUGUAGAAGAGAAUUCAGUUCUCUCACAGAACAGCAUGGACGUGGAAACUACAAAUCCGUCAUGGUGGCUUUCUUUCCCGCAUGUUGUAGUGGCAACCAUAUCUUCCUUCCUAUUUGGCUACCACCUUGGGGUAGUUAAUGAACCGCUUGAAAGCAUCGCUUUAGAUUUAGGUUUCAGUGGGAAUACUCUGGCUGAAGGUAUGGUGGUGAGUACAUGUUUGGGUGGUGCUCUUAUUGGAUCUUUGUUCAGUGGUUGGAUUGCUGAUAGUGUUGGGCGUCGUAGGGCAUUUCAAUUGUGUGCUCUACCUAUGAUUAUUGGUGCUUCUACAAGUGCAACAACGAAAAGUUUGGCGGGUAUGCUCAUUGGAAGGUUCUUAGUUGGGACAGGAAUGGGGCUCGGUCCACCUGUUGCUGCUCUUUAUGUGACAGAGGUCUCCCCUGCUUCUGUAAGGGGAACUUAUGGAAGCUUCAUCCAGAUUGCAACAUGUCUGGGACUUAUGGGGGCUCUAUUUAUUGGAAUCCCCGUCAAAGAAAUUGCCGGCUGGUGGCGCAUUUGUUUUUGGGUCUCCACAAUUCCUGCUGGAUUACUAGCAUUUGCCAUGAUGUUUUGUGCUGAGAGUCCUCAUUGGUUAUACAAGAAAGGAAGAAGUGCUGAAGCUGAAAUUGAGUUUGAGAGGCUUUUAGGUGGAUCACAUGUCAAAUAUGCCAUGGUAGAGUUACCUAAAUUGGACAGGGGGGAUGAAGCAGACACUGUGAGACUCUCAGAAUUGCUCUAUGGCCGUCAUUUUAGAGUUGUUUAUAUUGGGUCAACCCUAUUUGCUUUACAACAGCUAUCUGGUAUAAAUGCUGUAUUUUAUUUCUCUUCAUCUGUAUUUAAAAGUGCGGGAGUACCGUCGGACAUUGCGAAUGUGUUCGUUGGAGUUGCAAAUUUAUCAGGAUCUAUCAUUGCAAUGCUUUUAAUGGAUAAACUCGGAAGAAAGGUGCUUCUUCUGUGGAGCUUCUUUGGCAUGACUAUAUCAAUGGUUCUUCAAGUAGCUGCGGCGAACACUUAUGCGUUAGGCUCUGCAUCUUUAUACCUAUCAGUCGGUGGCAUGCUAAUGUUUGUCCUAACAUUUGCACUAGGAGCUGGUCCUGUUCCAGGUCUCCUUCUAACAGAAAUUUUCCCUAGUCGAAUUCGGGCAAAAGCUAUGGCAUUCUGUAUGUCAGUACACUGGGUAAUCAAUUUCUUUGUUGGCUUGCUCUUCCUGCGUUUGCUGGAGCUGCUUGGGCCACAACUCUUAUACUCGAUAUUCGCAAGCGUUUGCAUGAUGGCUGUAGUCUUUGUUAAAAAGAACGUAAUGGAGACCAAAGGGAAAUCUCUUCAAGAAAUCGAGAUUGCUCUUCUCCCACAGGAAUAGGGAGGGCAAACAUAUUUCGAAGGGCGUAAGUUUUGAAUUAACAAUAGUUUUGAUGCAACCAAAUUUGGUACGCAGAUGGGUUUUCGACAUGAAGUAGUAAUAGUUAUGAAUCCCUCCUUAAUUCAUUCGUGCCAAGAAUAUUACAUUGCUAUAAUGUUGUAGUCAGAGCCAUGCAUUCCGGCCACAAAUGAUAUGUAACAAAAAUUUGUAUGAAAUCGUUAUGGUUGAAAUUGUUUCGCUUGAUUCUGAGGUAAAAUUGCAUAUCUUCCAUUGGGUAUUCCGUUUGAGCGUGCUAACAUAGAGUUGACAUACUAGAUUUUAAGAUGUCAAAGCAAACCCUUGUAUACUUAUAGCCAGUAAUUUGGAAAUCCCAAGAAGUUGCUUCA